AUGUUGCUGAUGUGGUUGGACUGGCUGUUGAAUGGGUUGCUCCAUUUCAGGCUGAGACGGCUCCAUGGCAGGCCGAGGCUGAUCUGGUUGAGGAUUUUCCUGUUCAGCAAAGUCUUGAGGUUCGAGUUUGUUGAGGAUGGGAUUGUGAAUGGGAAGGUUGAAGUGGUAGAGGUUGUGUUUCAAUGGCUUCGGGUUCGUAGUUGGGAUCAGAAGUAUGUUCAGAAGAUGGUAAAGAAGGUGGAGAGUUUGAGAGAAUUAGUUUUCUGGGUGGCUGAUUUGAGGCCAUGCUUCGAAGAUAUCUUCGAAGAUGUUUUCGGAGUUGUCUACGAAAAGUGCGUCAAAAAGCUCUUCAAGACUGAUGCCUUCUUCAAAACAAGUGUAUCGAAUGUAUAUGAUGUGGGUGACGUUGCUACAUUCCCCUUGAAGUUGUUCAACGAGAUCCGAAGAGUUGAACAUGUCGAUCAUGCACGGAAAUCAGCUGAACAGGCCGUUAAGCGAACAAAAAACAUCCAUCGACGAGUAUACUACCUCCCGUACUUCUAUUCCCGAGCGUUUGACCUGUCAUGGCAGUUCUAUGGUGACAAUGUAGGGGACACCGUUCUAUUUGGAGAUAACGACCCGGCAUCUUCUAGCCACAAGUUCGGGACUUAUUGGAUCAAAGACGGUAAGGUUGUCGGUGCUUUUCUCGAGAGUGGCACUCCCGAAGAAAACAAGGCUAUAGCGAAAGUUGCACGGGCCCAACCCCACAGUCGACAGUUUGUAUCAGCUAGCUAA